AUGCAGUCGAACAUUUGUUCGGACUCCAACUUCUACAUCAGCAUUUUCGCUCUCAACGAUGGCGAAUACCUGACUGAAAUAAACGGCAGCUCCACGCCAAUGUACCUCGAUAAAUAUCAAGAACUCCAUGCCUUUCCCACCAUAUGGGGAUCGGAAGUUGAGAACGGCAACUUGAUUUUCCAACCCCUUGAAUAUAGCGUGGGUACCGGCGAUGAAGAGGUUGAUCAUGCAUCGCCAUAUGCCCAAGAGAACAUCACCGGGGUUCUCUCUGAUCUGGAAAGUUUCCUUCGAGAUCUGCACAACGCGUUCCAAACUCACGAUUUGCAAGGCCUCCUGGGACUUGUACGCCACCCUGGCAUAGGAUAUCCAGGUCGUCUCGAGAUCACACUUGGGCGUUGCAACGUCAAUCUGACCCCUACGCAACUGAUUCUGCUGCAUCCUGCUUCCACAAAAUGGUAUAAUAAGAGUUGUAACACGGGAAAAUCGGCUGAACAACCGCAACUACUGCAUGAGAGUGUAUCGCAGAAGUGUCCUAGGAAAGAAGAGAUAGCAGCACUGUCAGAAGCAUAG